GCAAUGACUGUUGCUCAGAGUUUGGCUGAAAAAUAUAUGUUUUGCAUUUAGAAGCAUCGCCUACAUUUCCCACAGAUAUGGAGAGUAUUUCAUUAAAUUCAGCCAGCGACGGUUCACUCUGUGACGGCCCGUUCAUGCCAUGUUUGUUAGUGGUUUUGGCCCCGUUUCCCAUGUUUAGGUGCAUGUGUCUGUAUGCCAGCCUGUGGUUGCUGGAACAUGCGUGUGCGUGUGUGUGUGUGAGUGUGUGUGUGUGUGUGUGUGUGUGUGUGUGUUGUUUUUGGAAUGCAGAAAGGGGCAAGUCUGUUACUCAAUUCCCAAACCAAUCACAGACUCCAGCAGCAGUGUGUGUGGGUGACAGUGAGAGUAUAAACACACCGCUGAGCAGACGGAUGACAGACACGAGAGACCAGCAUCACCAUCAACUGACUGAAGAACAAACCCAGACCUGAAGAGCCAUGAAGACUCUGAGCCUCCUGAGCGUCUGCGCUCUGCUGUCUGUCUGCGCAUCUAUGGGAGUGUACACAGAGCCAGACGCCGCAGAUGAACCUGCAGCCGAGGUGGUGCUUCCUCCCACCGGAGCUCCGGCUGAUUCCGACUCUUCCUCAGCAUCCUCAUCUUCCUUAGCAUCCUCAUCUUCCUCUGAGUCCGACUCCGCAUCCGACUCCGCGUCUGAUUCCGCAUCAGAUUCCACCUCAGAUUCUGCCUCUUCCUCGUCUGAAUCCAACUCCGUCAGUGCUGAAGGAACUCCUGCCCCUCAUGUGCUGCUGAAGAGAGAUGUAGCAGCGUCCCUGCUGCGCCACCGGAGAGCUGGAGCUCCUGCAGCCAACCUGAGCCCUCAGCAGCUGGAGAGUUUGCGAGAGGUGUGUGAAGUGAAUCUGGCCUGUGAACACAUGGCUGAAACCGCAGGGAUCAUAGCGGCUUAUACAGCGUAUUAUGGACCAAUCCCAUACUAAAACACACACACACUUUACAUUGACCUCUGAUGUCUUCAUCCUCAGAUAAUGAUACCCUCACACAAACUUUCCUGUAAUUUUUUUCCCCAAGACAUUUAGUGUGUUUUUAUGCCAGAAAAUGUAAUGUAUGUGAUUUCAGGUUUGGUUGUCCUUUCACUGGGAGAAAUCAAUAUAGAAAUAUCUUGAUUUUUCAUGUUUAUAUGCCAGUGAUUGAGAAACUCUAGUGCAAUUAGACUCAAAUUCCUCACUGUUAGUGAAAUGUGUUUAACUCCUCUAUAUUAUGCCUGUGUAUAGAUAUGAAGCAAAUAGUUUAGGUUCAAUUAGACACAUUAAAUAGAUUGUUGAAGUAGUAAAUGAUUCUUGUUGCUAGUUUUGUGAAUCAAAGGUGCUAUUUCAAACUGACUGAAGGCAGAAUUAUUUUUCCUGUCAUGUUCUGUAUAUAAAACACAUGAGAUGCUUAUUGACAUGUUACCUGAAGCUGUUGACAUUUUUGUCGAUGUUUUAUUUUAUUGUGCACAAUUCUUGUAA